CUCUCCUUCUCGCUCUGAAGAGGAACCCCAGUCUCUCUCUGUUUCUCGCCCCCCUUCCGCCAUGAACCGAAGGCUUCGGAGCCCCAACGCCAAGGCCUCACCGUCCAAGAUCGAGGAGCGGCUCCACCGCUACCUGAGGCCGGGGGCACUAGCCCGGCUCCGGGACUCCAGGAUCAGCGCCCGAUCUCCCCGAUCUACCCUCAAGAUCCUGAUCCCCCGCCUCUCGGCCCCCUCCUCGCCCCAGGCCCCGCCAGCGGCCGCCGCCCAGAUGGACGGCUCCCCAUGCUUCGUCAUCAGGAGCUAUGGCCCUCGGUUCCCGCAGCGGAAGAAGCUGGUUGCCGCCAAGUCCAUCUUUUUCGUGCCAUCGAGCCCGUCGGGACCGGAGAUAUCGGAUGCUGCCGUGGACUUGUUUAACUCCGAUCUCGUUGUAGCUCACUAAAAGGGGAAGAAUGGGAUUUCAUUUGUGUAGAGUUUUCUUAAGUCCUUCUCCCUCUUGUUCGUUUUUGAAAAAAUAAAAAUUGGAUGGUUGUGGAUGCUAUUUUUUUACAAAUUUUGUGAUAGUUGUGGAUUAUUAAAUGCUCAUUUGAUAGAUCAAGAAUUCUUAACAUCGGAUUAUUCAUAUAUCUGGUUUAGGGUUUCCUUUAUCUCGGUUGAUGAGAUGGGGAAAUUGGUUGAAUGGGUUCGUUAUGUAGAUCUUA